GAAAUAUGGCGCCGCCCAGAUCCGAGCCACCGCUUCUCGGGCCCCUUGGCAAGCAGGGGAAAGAGCCGCCCGCCUUUCCGUACAAAAUAUGGCGCCGCCCUGCGUUGAGCCGGCGCCUCGCGGAUACGAGCAGCCUCCUCCUUCCCGACGCUGAGGGGCGGCCGCUCUGGCCGCUGCCCACCAGAGCCGGGCCGGGAGGACCGCCCGCAGCGCGGCGAGGGAUGCGGCCUCGGAGGGGCAGAGGCUGAACCGCCCCUGCCGCCUGCGCGUCGCCCCCGCCUGCCCCGCGGCGCCUCCCCCCGCCUGACGCACGGCGGGAGCGGCUGGAGCGAGAACGCCGGCUCCGCGGCAGGAAAGUGAAUAAACUUAAUUGAGAAUGUCUGAAAACCUUGACAAGUCCAAUAUAAACGAAGCAGGAAAAUCAAAAUCAAAUGAUUCUGAGCAAGGCCUUGAAGAUGCUGUGGAAAGUUCUGAUGAAGCUUUACAGAAAAAAAUAAAGUCGGGCUCUCCCAGCCCCCAAAGAGUACAAAGACCUCACUCUAGUCCUCCUCGAUUUGUGACAGUAGAAGAACUUCUAGAGACAGCGAAAGGAGUCACUAACAUGGCUCUAGCCCAUGAAAUUGUAGUAAAUGGAGACUUUGAGAUUAAACCAGUUGAAUUACCAGAAGACAGCUUGCAGAAGAGAGUAAAGGAGAUUGUACAUAAAGCUUUUUGGGAUUGCUUGAGUGUCCAGCUGAGUGAAGACCCCCCAACGUAUGACCAUGCUAUCAAACUUUUAGGAGAAAUCAAAGAGACUCUCUUAUCUUUCUUGCUGCCUGGUCACACUAGACUGAGAAACCAGAUAAUAGAAGUCUUGGAUCUGGAUCUGAUAAAGCAGGAAGCAGAGAAUGGGGCCCUGGACAUUUCCAAGCUGGCAGAGUUCAUCACUGGUAUGAUGGGGACACUGUGUGCACCUGCUCGAGAUGAGGAAGUUAAGAAACUAAAGGACAUUAAGGAAAUAGUGCCCCUUUUCAGAGCAAUUUUUUCUGUAUUGGACCUAAUGAAGGUGGACAUGGCAAACUUUGCUGUCAGUAGCAUUAGACCUCAUCUCAUGCAGCAGUCAGUUGAAUAUGAAAGGAAGAAGUUUCAAGAGCUUUUGGAGAAGCAGCCAAAUUCCUUGGACUUUGUCACCCAGUGGCUAGAGGAAGCCUCAGGUGACCUUAUGAAUCAGAAGUAUAAGCAUGCCCUGCCAGCUGCGGGAGGGGCUACUGGCUGUGGGGACACUCCCAGGCUGAGUCCUGUUGCCGUCCAGAAUUACGCGUACCUGAAGCUUCUGAAAUGGGACCACCUCCAGAGACCUUUCCCUGAAACAGUUUUGAUGGACCAGUCCCGCUUCCAAGAGCUCCAGCUGCAGCUGGAGCAACUGACCAUCCUGGGGGCCGUGUUGCUGGUCACAUUCAGCAUGGCAGCCCCUGGAAUUUCCAGCCAUGCCGACUUUGCUGAGAAACUCAAGAUGAUGGUGAAGAUUUUGCUUACAGAUAUGCAUCUCCCCUCCUUCCGUCUGAAGGAAGCCCUGACUGCCGUUGGAGAGAAAGUGUGCUUGGAGGUGAGCAGCUGCCUUUCCCUGUGUGGGUCCUGCCCCCUCACCACGGACAAGGAGACCGUGCUCAAGGGCCAGAUCCGGGCCAUCGCCAGUCCCGACGACCCCAUCCGCAGGAUCAUGGAAUCUCGAAUCCUGACCUUCUUAGAAACCUACCUUGCCUCGGGUCAUCAGAAGCCAUUGCCCACAGUACCUGGGGGAUUGGGUCCAGUUCAGAGAGAGCUGGAGGAAGUUGCUAUUAAAUUUGUUCGCCUGGUCAACUAUAACAAGAUGGUCUUCUGUCCCUAUUAUGAUGCAAUCCUCAGUAAGAUCCUCAGCGGAUCUUAACUUGUAUGUACCCUACAGCAGCAGUAUUAUUCACUCGCCUCAGAGUAUCUGUUCUCGACUGUAAUGUUGCUUUGGAAAAUGGCUAUGUAGUACAUUUCUAUUUAACAGCACUGAUUCCAAAGGGAAGAAUAUUGUAUAUCACAGUUGAAAAGAGUUGUUGAAAAAU